AUGAAGGCUGCCGCUCUCCUGGCCGCCAGCUGCGCCGGCCUCGGCCUCGCCGCCCCCCUGACCCAGCUGCUGACCCAGGACGGCGCCCCGCACAUGUCCAGCCUGCAGCAGGCGGUGCUGCCCCGCGCCUUCCUCGACGACAAGCUCCCCGGGGACGACACCGACAGCAAGCGGCUCCACACCCCCGGCAAGGCCAACGCGGCGGCGCUCCUCUCCGACAGGCCGCUCCUCCUCCCCUCCAGGACGCCCGUCGGCAAGAAGGGGCCGCUCACAAAGGUGCCCCUCCAAAAGUCGCCGCCCAAUAAGACGCCCCUGGACGCCCCCGAGGAUCCCAAGAAGCGUCCUGGUCCGCCCCUUACGACGCCCGUAACCCCGGAAAGGCCGGGCCAGCAGCCGCCUCAGCAAGACACUACUAAGUCGUCACAGAGCAUGAUGUCCGGUUUCGGCAAGCAGCCCGUCCUGACGAGGUGCCAGCGGUGCAUCCGCACGCUGUGCUUCCAGGUGCCUUGCUCCUUGCACGUCCCGGCGAGGCAUCAUGAGCGCAAGGAGAGGAAGAAGUACAAGUUUGUCAAGCCCAAGGACCGGAAGGGCUCGCGCGAGUGA